AAAAGAUCGAGUUUGGCGAUAUGAUGUAAACUGUCUGACUGUAUACAUUUAGCUUUAGGGCAGCUAUGUAAUCAAUUGAACUACUAGGUAGCUAAUCCCUUUAAGCUCGCUUUCUUUUGUCCUAUAGCUUUUCGUCUCCUCUGUGUUUCCCCAUCCUCAGCUCGUAAGUUGCAAGAAUUUAUGAGGCUUCCUUCGCUGUUAUUGUUUUCCCAUAGCUUAAGGGUAUGAGGGUAGAGGAAACCUCUCAGCAACUUUCCUAUAACAAUUAUUUAUAGUAUCUCUUAAAGGAAGUUAUCCUACUCUUUCUUAUAACUUCCCAGACUUCUCUCUAUAGUAUCCUACGCAAUGGCUUCUGAGCAGAACCACCGCUUCCCUGGCGGUCACUAUUCUGGCCUUAACCGAGUCCCUAAUAUAAAAGAAUUCGUCGCUUCGCUUGAUAAGGAUAAGAAGGAGCGAGAUGCUAAGAUUGACUCCGAACUCAAAGCAAAUAAGAAAAAUGGAGGAGACGUCAAGGAGCAUAAGAAUCAGGUUGAGCAGUAUAAGGGUCGGGGCAGAGUCGUCACGGAUCCCGUCACAGGGAAUGAAAUCACCAUCGACGAUGUAAAUAACGAUUUCAUGAAGACCGCCAAAAAUCCUAUCCUUUCUGUGCCGAACGCAAACUUGGGUAAAGAUACGACAGUAAAAACAGAGCCGACACAAUCAGGAGAAGAGUAUAGAGAGGCUCAAGAUAUAACAGCACCGCCGGAUCCAAUAGCCACAGGAGCCACUUCGGAUGUGCCAAUUCAUGGCGAGAAGACAAAUAUUCUCUUCCACCCAACACCUUCUGUCAGUUAUGAGCCCAUGUACGCUGCCAUCGAGCAGCGAGCUACAGUGCUCUGUGCAGGUGUCUUCUUUGCCAUCAUUUUCAUGGGGAAGUUAUUCGGAGGCAGACUACUGGGCUUGGUCCCUUUGGCUAUAUGUGUCUCUUCUGGUGUGUUCUUGUGGAUGAAGGAUUUGGUUCGACGAGGCCGGGACAUCGAAUGGUCCAGCGAACAGAAGCGUGGCGAGACUGCCGUCGCUAAUCUAAUCCCCGAAUCUGUUGAAUGGAUGAACACUCUUCUCGGAAUCGUCUGGGGCCUUAUCAACCCGGAUAUGUUCUCUGCUGUCGCUGACACUCUAGAGGAUGUCAUGCAAGCAUCGGUACCUGGAAUCAUCGAGAACGUCAAAGUAGCCGAUAUCAACCAGGGAAAUAACCCCAUUAGGAUUCUGAGUCUCCGAGCUCUCCCUGACAACCACAUGAAAGAGUUGAAAGAUGAGAUGCACAAGGAGAACCAAAAAAUCAAGGAUCCGCAAGAGCUUGCUGCCGAUGAAGAGGGAGGUGAUUACUACAACUUAGAAGCAUCCUUUGCAUACCACGCGAGGCCUGCGUCCGAAACCGCGUCGGGGAAAGCGCAAAACAUGGGAAUGCAAUUGGUCUUCUACCUCGGUGUCAAAGGGUUAUUUGGAAUCCCUCUGCCAAUCUGGGUCGAAUUGGUUGGCUUGGUAGGAACUGUGCGUCUCAGACUUCAAAUGGCUCCCGAACCUCCGUUUUUGAAAGCAGUUACCUUCACACUUAUGGGGAUCCCCAAGGUCGAUGCUGGAUGUACACCAAUGAUUGAACAUGGAGUUAACAUCCUUAACUUGCCAGUGAUUUCCAACUUCGUCAACUGGGCUAUCAAGGCAGCCGCUGGCAUGUAUGUUGCGCCAAAAUCACUAACACUCGACCUCGGCAAGAUGUUGACGGGAGACGAUAUCCAAAAAGAAACAAGUGCUCUUGGUAUCCUUUUCAUCCGCAUUCGCAAGGCCACAGGACUGUCAAAGCAAGACCGAAGAGGAUCCGAAGGUGGCGGCUCCGAUCCCUACAUCACAGUUAGCUUCUCUAAAUUCGGUAAACCUAUGUAUUGUACUCGUGUCAUCCAAGAUGACUUAAACCCCGUUUUCGAAGAGACCUGUGCUCUACACGUUACCGCCGACCUUAUCAAGGCAGACGAGCAACUGUCCAUGGAAUUGUGGGAUAGUGAUCGGUCUAGCGCCGAUGAUGUGGUCGGCAAAGUUGAGCUCUCCCUAAGGAAGCUCAUUCAGCACCCCGGCAAGAUGUACCAACAAGUUUCUAAGCUUCGCGGUGUCAAGGCUGAAAGUUCCAUGCCGGGCGAACUUCAUUGGGAAGUGGGCUAUUUCGGGAAGACUCAAUUCCGAGCUGCUUUAAGGACAGAUGGCAAGGAUCUCAGCUUGCCGAAAGAGAUUCGGGACAACGAAGUGUUGCAAGAUGAGAAGGGAACUAUCCAGAACGACGAAGAAGAUGCCGUUGUCCAUACGCCUCCAGAUCCAUUAUGGCCUUCUGGCAUUCUUAGCAUUGUCGUUCACCAGAUCGUAAACCUUGAGUUGGCAAAUGUUAAGGGCUCCGAAGGCGGAAAGCGCACCGGAGGUAAAGAGUACGAGCCUGCCCGUGAUGCUGGCGAGAUUAAGGAAGAGUCGAGCAAGAGGUUGCCGAGUGCUUAUUGUACCAUGUUGCUCAAUGACGAAUUGGUAUACAAAACUCGAACGAAAGUCGUUUCCUCCAAACCCAUCUUCAACGCUGGUACCGAGCGUUUUGUUCGAGAUUGGAGAUCCGCUAUCGUUACUAUUGCGGUUCGCGAUUCGCGUAACAGACAGCACGACCCGAUCAUUGGCGUUAUCCCCUUGAAGCUCUCUGACCUCAUGCAAACCAGCAGCCAAGUAACACGAUGGUAUCCCUUGGAUGGAGGAAUUGGCUUCGGCCGCGUCCGUGUCUCCUUACUAUUCCGCUCUGUCGAACUGAAGCUACCACCACCCCAACUGGGCUGGGACGUAGGGACGUUCGAGUUCACGUCGGACAAAAUUUCCUCGACCUUUGCUGGCUCAGGUAAGGGCCACGUAAAGCUCCGCCUGAGAACUGGAGGUAGCUCCGCGACAAUCAAACGCGAAUACUGCAAAACAGAGGGUGAUGGUUUGGAAUGGACCAUUGGUGGCGUGACUGACAGUCAAAGCCCACGCCUUCCGGUCAGAUACCGCUACCGCUCUCCUGUGUUUUUCGAGUUCCACUUGCCCGGAAGGCGCCACGUCGAGCACUUCGCGGCGAUCUGGCUGCAAGAACUCAUCGACAACGAGGACAAGUCAUUCGAUAUUCCCGUGUGGAAGUGCGAUAAUGCGAUGCGUUUGUCGCAAAACUUCGUCACUCAAGACAACUUCAACACGAUCCCAGAUAUCAAGAUCGAAGAGGUAGGACGUCUCCGCUUCAGUGGCAGGUUCAAGGCCGGUACGGACCGAGACCAUCUCCGUUUCGUAAGCGACAACGAUUCUCGCGAGACCAUCGAGACAUGGGAAGCUUGCUUCGCAGAGGGCGUCCGUCAGGAAGAAGUUACGAAGUCGAUACCCGCUACCAUCCAAAAGCUACACGACGAUUCGCUGACGGGAGGACGAGAUGUGCUUGCCACGGCUCCCGAGGAAGAGCGGAGAAAGUGGUUAUCAAAAGACGGUACAGACUGGACCGGAGCUUUCGGCCAAGACCCAGCAGAUUUGAUGACUGGCCGCGAGGGCCGCGAUGAGCCUGAAUAUGAACCCGACUCGAACUCAGAACCUGUUGACGAUCCUUCUCUCGAACGUCGUUCUACGUCCUCGAACUACUCGGACGAUCUAGGAGUUAACGAUGCCACAUCAGAAGCAGCUACAGAUUCCUCGGGCCUCGCGGGCCCCGGCGCGAGCACGAGCGGCGGCGCGCUGACCCAGACCACGACGAACUCCGGCUCGAGCAAGAAGAGCAAGGCUAGCAGCAGCAAGAACCCAAUCAAGCAGUACAAGGAUUACAAAGAAAGGAGCAGGGACUUGCAUCGCCAGCACCGCGGGCUGAUGCAGUGGCGCCCCUUGCGCAACGCGCAGUUCGCCAAGGACGAGGCGAAGUUCGCGAUCAGGAGGGUCACGCAUAUGGGCGCGUUGAGUGGGCGACAACCUGAUGUUGAGACGGAGGUGUAAGCACGGCUCGUUGAAGGGAAAAGGGGAGAUGUUUCUUUUGUUAUGUUAUGCCGUAUGAAUGUCUACGAGGAUAGGAUGAGGAUUGGGAACGGGCAUGUACGCUACUAGGCUUGUGCUAAUAUUACUGUAUGGGCACUUUACACGGUAUUGGGCUUGGUUAAGAUUGAAUUAUGAAAUCAUCA